CAUACAUGGAACACCAUAAUCAAGUGGCCGGCAUAGUAUACAGGAACAUCUGUGGGACUUCCAGGUACAGACGGACAUAAAUGGUGAUGGCUAACCAACUGGACAUAGUGGUGGUAUACAAGCAAAGGAAGACGGCCAUAGUGACAGACAUAGCGAUACCGAAUGACAGCAACAUCAGGAAAAAGGAACAUGAGAAGUACCAGGGUCUCAGAGAAGAGCUCGAGAAGAUAUGGAGGGUGAAGAUAACAGUGGUCUCAGUGGUAAUCGGAGCACUAGGUGCAGUGACCCCCGAGCUCCCAGGCCUCUGGUAGAGGACCCAAGCUUGAAGAACAAAGACUAUAUAUAAGAAAGUAUAUAUAUUCUGUCACUCUCUCUCUCUCUCUCUCUCUCUCUCUCUCUCUCUCUCUCUCUCUCACACACACACACACACACACACACACACACACACACACACACACAAAAUAUGGAUAGUAAUCAGGCUCUUAUCAUAUGAUGUUAGGUAAGCACAGAACAGUCCAAAGGUAAAGGAGGAAGUCUAAGUUAAACAGAUAAGCACUGCACUCUUUUUUUUUUUUUUUUCUUUCCUCAAGCAAAUAAAAGAAGUUUAGGUUACUUUAAGGCAGUGGUAAUAAACUUCAGCCCCGAACAUUCUUGGUGUUUCAUUAACUCUUAAGAGGAACAAAACCCUUCAGAAUGUCAGUGCUUGAUUUCCAAUGGCACAUCAAAACUGUAAUACAAUAAUUCAAAUCUUAAAGAAGCAUGCAGGGAUAAGGAGAAAAGACUGUUUCAUUUGGUGUAUUUAAAAUAAUGUCAUGCUGCAAUUCAUUGUUAUGGUGAACUUAUUACAACCUUUGGUACAGUACUUAAUUCAGUUUUAUACAUAUUUAAAUGUAAACCUGGAGACCUUACAUCUUCAAAGAUGGUUAAUACAUAGAACAUGAAAUCAUUAUACUUUUCUGACGUCUUUUGACUUUUCGUUCAGUCCCAAACAGUGCUCUUGACAUUAUACUACUGUUGCUGCUGCUCCUCAUGUAGUUCUGUACAAUGAAUCAGAGACAGCAUAAAAGAAGUCUUAACUUAAUUCUCCAUCUUGCAUCAGUCCUAACUCUUCAGAUGUAAUUAUCAUGUUUUUAACUGCAGUAACACCAAAAAGCUGGCAUUCACAUUUUCACCGCAACCAUCUCUAGACAAUCCUUAGUUUGGAGAAAGGCUAGUAAAACUAGUACAAGUCCAACUUAGUAUGUUUAAAACAAAAAAAAAAAACAUGAAGUGGCCUGGAGACUGAUUUUUACCAAGUGGUUAUUGUCCUGAUAAUAAAUGUGAACUGGUGAAAUAGGGGUUUUUUUUUUUGUCUGACAUGACCUUAUAACAGUAUAAAGUAGCUUUAAAGCAAUUCAUACUGUAUAGUAUUUUGGAAGAUUCUUUCUAAAAUGUUUCGAGGAUCCCUAAACCAAAGAUAGAGAUGACCAAAGCAAAGAUUUGGACCAAAACAAAUGAAAAAAAUCACUUUCACGUUGAUCUUGAGAGUUGUGAUUUUUAAAAAUAGAUAUAUUUAGCUCUGUUUUGCCAGACUUGGGCUCAAAACAGCAACCAACAACCAGUGGUGAAUCAAAUCUUUUGUCGAAGAUGCAGAGGGGAGGCAGCAUGGCUCUAUGUCGCCAUAAAAUAAAGGCUUUCUGCUACAUGAUGAUGCUUAACAUCUUCAUCUGUGUCGUGAUAAGCGUGUCAUGGAACCUUGGACACGAGCGAAGUGGCCAUCACAAAGUUCACAUCCCAUCCAAGAGGUUUUGGCAUAAACACAUACUGAAUGAAAACUUCUGGAACAAGGAGCAGCAACGUUUGGACUUCAUUUACAACCCCAACUUUAACUCUGUAUUCUCCAGCAUGUCACUCAGCACACUGCCAGAUUGGCUCAAUGACACUGGACCUCUGGACCCGUGUGAACCAGACUACAGAGUGCCCAGGCAAAUCUUUGAUCACAACUCCCUACCAAAACAAUUCCAGGACUUUCUUUUGUACAUGCGUUGUAGGACAUACCCUAUGUUAAUAAAUCAGCCCCAUGUUUGUAGUGAAAAACCGUUCCUACUGCUGGUUGUCAAGUCUUUGAUCUCUCAUUUUGAAAGGCGGCAGGCUAUUCGUGAAACUUGGGGACAAGCAGGAGUCUUAGCCAACCAGACUGUGGUAACAGUGUUCCUGCUAGGAAACAUCUUGUUGUCAGACCACUUCCCAGACUUGCAGGAGUUACUGAGUCAUGAGGCAAAGCUUCACAAAGACAUACUUCAAUGGGACUACAGAGACAGCUUCUUAAACCUAACUCUGAAAGAGGUCCUCUUUCUGGAGUGGUUUACCAAACACUGUCCUCAAGCUCGGUUUGUUCUUAAGGGCGAUGACGACGUCUUUGUGAACACCUUAAGAAUUGUUGAUUAUCUGAAAGGCCUGCCAGAGGGUGAGUCCAAGGAUUUGUUCAUAGGCGAUGUUAUAAUGAAUGCUGGGCCGCACAGAGACAAGAAACUUAAAUACUUUAUCCCAGAGAGUGUGUUUGUGGGUAACUAUCCGCCCUAUGCUGGUGGUGGAGGAUAUCUGUACUCUGGGGAGUUGGCGAUACGCCUACACAAUGUAUCUCAGCAAGUAGUGCUGUUUCCUAUUGAUGAUGUAUAUACUGGGAUGUGUCUCAAGAAGCUGGGUCUUGUUCCUGAGAAGCACAAUGGCUUCAAGACAUUUGACAUUGAAAAGAAGUAUAAAGACAAUCCUUGUAUCCACAGGAACUUGAUGCUGGUUCACAGCCGAACCCCACAGGAGAUGUUAACAAUUUGGCCCUUCAUUGUCCAACCCGAGCUGGACUGCCAGUGAAAGCUUUAUUAAUGGCUGUUUGCAAUACUGAGUUUGUCAGUCAUUUUCAAUCCUUCCAUUCUAUAUUUUUCUAAUCAAAGUUCAACAGGGUUGCUACUUUUCAUUUACAGCAUAUGUGUUGAAUUUUACUGUUUAUAUUAUAUUCAGCAUCUUUUUUUCUGAAUCUUUAGUGUUCUCUGUCAGUCAUGUUGAAAAAGACAUUUGAUUCUCAUCUGAUCCAUUUUUAAAUGUUGAGAGGCAUUCAGUGUGUUUAAGAACACAAUAAACAUUAUUAAGAACUAACAUGAAGUAAAAAUGAACAUCCUGAAAGUGAAUGAUGUUAGUACAUUUUCCUGGUUUUAAAAAAUGUAUAACUAUAUGUUGAUUAUAUACAGCACUGAAAUCAGCACCUGCCUACUAGGUUGAAAAGUGAAUUGCAUUAGUAGUAAUAUAUAAAACCAUUUCUGUUCAUUUAUUGACAUGUCUGUCUAUUCCACUCACAGAUGACUCUUUGUGAAGCUUUGCCCCCAACAUUUUUUUAAUCAUUAAAGAGUUCCAGUGUCUCUGAAUUUUGUAUGCUUCCUCAAGAUGCAGCAAAUUUAUGCAAAAUAAAUUAUUUUAUGUCAACAGUAUAAAGGGCAUACAUUAACCUCACUCGACCAAAGUUAAAUCAGAUGUAAUCUAAAAAAAAAACAAAAUCCAAAGAUAUUAAAGAUAUCAAAUUAGCUUCACAGAGGGUAUAUUAUCAAGCAAGUUCCACAUAGUGAGGCUUUCUUUGCAUUAUCUGUCUUGACAGAUCCUAAAAUCCGUGGAUAUCACAACGGUGGGUAUCAAAUUUCUUUGGUAGCUCAGGCUUUCUGCUUCAGGCUCUGGGCACAUUAACAUAAAAGGAGACAUUUGAUGUGUCAUUUGACUCUUCUUCCACAAAAAAUGGGUCAGAUGAGAGUCAAAUGUCUCUUUCAACAUGACUGACAGAGAACACUAAAGAUUCAGAAAAGAAAUGCUGCAUAUAAUAUAAACAGUAAAAUGCAACACAUAUGCUGUACAUAAAAUACAAGAGUAAUGUGCUGUUUUGUCGCUGAUCCAGGUGACUUGUUCUAGCUGCUCUGUGUGUUCUUGGUGUUGCUCUUUAUUUUUAACACAGCAGCUGUGUAUUUGAACUCUGAAACUUUUGAUACAUUUAAUCAAUAAAUGUUAUUCAGUGUGUUCAGCUCUGACACUCUUCUAUAGCCUAUAAAGAAGAAAUUUAAUUUGUAGUCAGAUGAAAGUGAAAUAAAUGUUAUUCAUUGAAAAUUAUUAUUGGCCAUAAAUCAUCUACGAAUGCAACAAUUCAAUUUUCUAAUCCAUGUUUUAUUAGCUGCAUUGAAACAAUGUUAAAGAGACUUGGCUAACAGACCAAACUUUUAUACAGUUUUUGCAGUUAAAUACAUGCAAAUCCAAGUACAUAUGACACAACAUUUGGACUGCUGUAACUUUACAAGUGGGCUUCAUUCAGUGAUGUGAGUAAAGUGAGGUUAAACAGAUUGCAGAUAUACAGAUACCUUCAGCAGAGAAUCUAAGACAAAAAACAUUCUGUAAAUAAAAGUAUUAUUGAUCAUGUGACGCUUCCCGCCAAAUUUAAACUGAAAUUCAGAACCUAACCUGGAACCUGGUAUAGGUUAUGUGGUAAGUAUAAGUUACCAUGGUGAUUUAUGCAGGCAAAAGGAAAGCCGCCUUCAUAACACAGAACACUCUUACUAUAAGCUCAACAUAGCUCACUAUUUUUUUAAUAUUGCUUGGUAGUUCACCCCUCAGGUCAUUUGUGGUAAACAGCCCAGCUGUUAUUUCUGUUUUCAUCCCACUUUUAUUUGGUCAAAUCCCAAUCUUCAUCACUUGCAAAUAAAAUGAACAAAAGCAGGUAACUCAAUAAGGUAACAGAGCUUGAGCAUCAAACUGUGGCUGAAUGUUUGCACAAUGUAUAUAAAAUUUAGACCUACAUUUCUAGAUUUGCAAAUGGCGCUACAUUUAGUAGAUGAAAUAUUAGAUCAGACAAUGUCUGAAUGUCACUGCUAAUACUCCAAUAUUACAGCCGUGCCACUAAAAAAAGAAGCAAAAAACACGAUUAUCAUGUACAUGUUUACUUUAACAUUUUCUUCUUACUACACAUUUUCACUUUUUCACACAUCUGAAGGCUCUUAUAAUUCAAAGCAUCAUGAAAACACAGAUGGAAGCACCAGGAAAAAUACAAGUAGGAGUCUUAUUUUUAAUAUCACUGCAUUUUAAAUGCCAUAGCAUUGCUUUUCAGCCUUAACUGACGUGACUAAGUUAAAGAAAUGAAAUAAAAGUUAAAGUGAUCAGACACUGGGUGUUGCUGUGACAAAUUUGGGUUUAUCUGACAGAAACACGACACAUAUUUUCACAGACUUCCAUAAUUAAAUUUAUGAAAUGUUAUUUUAAUUGUUUUUCUUGCUUAUUUGUAUGAUUACAUAACAAUUUUGAAGUGUCCUAUGCUACUCUUUAUCCUGUUUAUUUGUAUAUGUGUAUACAUAUAGUAAAGUGAGUUUGGCUCAUAUGCAACAAUUUUCCAGGCUUGGCUGAAUAAGGAUUAAGUUUUGUUGACAUUGUUUUAGCCAUUACACCCCCACCCAUCUACUCCUCACUCUCAAUAAAUGAAAGCUAUCUCUUGUUAUUGUGUGUUGUUGUGGUAAAUUUUAAACUAAUCUGUAUUUGAAUGUCCUACAAUAAAGUGUUCUAAUCUCA